CCGCGACGGGCGCCGAGUGGCUUCUAUGAGGUAAAUCCACGGCGGCAGGCUUCUCGGAUUGUGCUGAGCAGCCGAGCCCCGGGGCCUGCGGCCUAGUCGGCGGGCUGCUGCUGGUGGCGGCCGGCGCCGCCGGGCAGGAUGGCGUCUAACUUCGACGCGCAGGACUGGGCGAGCUGGUACUUUGGCAGCAUGAGGCGGGAGGAGGCGGUGUCGCUGCUGCAAGGCCAGAGGCACGGCACUUUCCUGGUGAGGGACAGCCACACCAUCCCCGGCGACUACGUGCUGAGCGUGAGCGAGAACUCGCGGGUCUCCCACUACAUCAUCAACAGCCGCCCGCAGGCCGGCUCCGGCUCCGGCCCCGGCCCGGCCCGGUUCCGCAUCGGCGACCAGGACUUCGAGCACCUGCCCGGCCUGCUCGAGUUCUACAAGAUCCACUACCUGGACACCACCACCCUGCAGGAGCCGGUGGCCAGGCCCCCGCACCUCGGGCCCGGGCCAGGCCAGGGCGGCCCGAGGCAGCACACCGACGCCGAGUUCGUCCGCGCCCUCUUCGACUUCCCGGGCAACGACGAGGAGGACCUGCCGUUCCGCAAGGGCGACCUGCUGCGGGUCCUCGACAAGCCCGAGGAGCAGUGGUGGAACGCGCAGAGCGGCGACGGCCGCUGCGGCAUGAUCCCCGUGCCGUACGUGGAGCGCUGCCGGCCCGGCUCGGUGCUCGGCCCGGCCGGCAGCCCGGACAGCUCGCAGGCUGGCACCCCGACGCAGCAGCAGCAGCCCGAGUUCGGGCCCUACGCGCAGCCGAGUGUCAGUACCCCGCUGCCCAACCUGCAGAACGGGCCGGUGUACGCCCGCGCCUUCCAGAAGCGGGUGCCCAAUGCGUACGACAAGACGGCGCUGGCCCUGGAGAAUCUGGGCAUCUUUCACCAGGCUGUUUCAGAGGUUGGUGACCUAGUGAAGGUAACCAAGAUCAACGUGAAUGGCCAGUGGGAAGGAGAAUGCAAUGGUAAACACGGUCACUUCCCUUUCACCCACGUCCGACUUCUUGAUCAACAGAACCCUGAGGAGGACCUAAGCUGAGUGGAUCUGUUUUAGAAAACAAAAUGAUUUGAAUUACAGAUGGGAACAGACUUUCUACAGUUCCAUUUUCCAACAAACUGGUCCCCGCCCAACCCCACACCCGGAGACUUUGGCCUUCUAAUGUUUACACUAGCCCAGUGAGAUUGCAGUUAACUUGCCUAUGGAACUAUUGAAAGUGUUUAGGUUGCAGUUUGCAGCCACGGUUCUGGUGUAUGCUUUAACGGUUACGUUCUUUGGUGAGUAAUGUUCACAUGAUGGGCACAUUCGGAGCUGAGAACAAUCAGAGUUUCUUUCCUAACUAAUCAAUGUUCCUGCAAGUAUGCUGUGGCUGUGGAUCUGGAUGUAUGUGUGAGAUUUGUAAAGAGCAAAUGGAACUCUCCUAUGGCCAGAUGGGCAAUGAUGGUUGCAGUGCCACACUAAAGCAUAUCUCAGCCCUGUACUUUGCUGGUCUUGUUUUUGAUGCCCCUAAGUUAGAAAAGGGAGAUUCAACCCAAGUCAUCCAGUGGCCCUUCUACAACAGCCAGUUUGUGGUCUUUGGAUGAAGGUAGGGUCAAGGUCUGUAAUUAUACCUUGAUUGCAGCUGGUAGUUCAGCUGUACAAGGAUCAUGUUUGCAGGGAGUAUCAGGGUAGUGGAGCAGGUGCAAUGACGAUGGCCUCUUACAUGAUCUCACACAACAUCAAGGUUCAUGGUUGCAAAUACUAAACACUACUGGAUAGGGAAACACAAGAGGUCCUGCAGAUGCUGGAAAUCUAAAUUAACACAAAAUACUGGUGGAACUCAGCAGGUCAGGCAGCUUCUAUGAAAAGGAAUAAAGAGUUGACAUUUCAAGCUGACACCCUUUGAAUGUUGUUGCUUUUUACGGAAAAGGCAUGAUUCUUGGCCCAAAAUGUCGACUGUUUAUUUUUCUCCAUGGAUGCUGUCUGACCUGAGUUUCUCCAGCAUUUUGUCUGUAUAGGGAUGUACCUUUAGCUGAAUAUUAAGCAAAUGUUUAAGAUCAUUUAUGUGAAUCACUUCAGUCGGGUAAAUGAGUAACAAAAUGCUGGAGGAACUCAGCAAGUCAUGAAGCAUCUAUGGAAAACAUUAACAGUGUUAAUGUUUCGAGCCAAGACUGUUCAUUGGGAAAUCCCCUCCAUAGAUGCUGCUUGAGCUGAGUUCCUGCUGCAUUUUGUAUGUCUUACCCUGGAUUUCCAGCAUCUAACAGAAUCUUUUGUGAAUAUGGUAAAUGGUUUUAUUUUGCAGUAACCAUUAAAGAGACACUAAUUUUGGUCUGGGUAACUGAUAGUGUUCACCGAUAUUGACUUAAUGGCUGUUAGAAUGUGUUCAUAUCUCGGUGACGUUUUGAACGUUUGGCUGUCUGAUCUGUAAACGUCAAAUGCCACUUCAUCUUUCAGGCCUUUUCCAAGAUGAGUUUUGCCAAACAACAAACCUAAGUAAUUUUAGGAUUUUAGAAGAGAUGCAAGUGUUUUUUUUUAAAAACUUGCUGCCACAUUAAACCAGGAAACACUACAAAAGAUUAAUGCUUGAUUUUGGGAGGGUUUAAAGCAAGUUUAGAUCUUGUGUGUUAAUAGUGUGCAGCAAGUUUAUGGUGGGGGACAAGGGCAAUGAAUUAACCAUGUUUGUUUGUCUUCUGAUCAAUCAGUGCCUAAUGACCAAUUAUUAAUCUACGCUUUGGCAUUCCAAAGCAAAGAAUCAUGUUUCUCAACAGCGUUAAUGAAAAAUGUUUUCCUGUAUCAUACACUACCUACAUCUUGGCACAUUCCUUGGAUGGUUCCUUCUCUCAGACGCAUAAUGGACCCCAAGAUACAGUCUUCCAGUUGUUACUUUAUAUGAAGCCUUGUUGCUCCAUGACACAAUAACAAUCUAAUGAAUUGUACAGGAAGACGUAAUACAACACGUACUUCAUCUUCUGGACUGAACUGCGUCUUAAUCUCUUGUGUUACGUUUAACAUAUAGCACAGUUAAACAUAGCAGCUGUACUAACACUUUUACAAAUGUCUUCUCUGAAAUUUGUUUUCCUUUUUUAACCUUUGUUCAAUUUCUGUUCUGAUUUCAGAUUAUAUUGAAAUUUUGUUUUUAAAUUCAGUGUAACAAAAUCUGGACUUGUAUUUAUUGUUAUAGGGUUGCUGUGACCACUUUUCCUUAAUGCCAAUAGCUUGGAGUGGUGCGUGGAGCAUGUAGCCAGUGAUGGCAUCAGGACCUGCUCCUCAAGUGCUUGUCAUAAUGAUUUUGGCAAAGGCUGGAGAUGUGAAACAAGUGGGAUGGCAGGGAGAAUUGUGUUCAUUAGGGGAAUAAGCAUCUCACCUAAAUAUUCAGCGGCCAAACAUUUCUAUGCAAUUUAUUGUUACUUCAGGCCUGUUUCUGGUAGUUUGUUAAUAAGUGAAUUUCUUUUCUGCUCCCCACACCCCAAAGAAAACAAUGUGAUAUCCAUUAAAACAAGGUUUUAUUCAGCCCUGUGAUUUGUGAGAUCCCUCUGCAUUUCUCACUAGCCAUCAGUACUCUAUGGUUAAAUUUGAACCUAUGUCCAUGUGUGUUGCUUCAUCUGAGAGAGAGAGAGUGAGUGUGUGUGAAAUGGAAAGAAAUCAAUGGUUGUAUCUCACAUCUGCCAUUUAAAGUACAGGAGACAUCACAUCAGGACAUGUCUUUGAUGGAGGUGAGUUUUUAAAAUCUUACCCCCUCCAUUGUAUCCCCCUUCCAUGCACAUUUAAAGUAAGCAAUGACAUAAAUGAUAGCUUGGGUCUUGAGUUUCACCUGAGAAUAGUGAAUAAUCGUGGCCUGAAAAUGUGCUUAAAGGAUUUUUUUUGAAUUACCUGUGUCCACACUUUGCUUGGACAGGCUGAUAAUGGUUGCAAAGGAGCGAGUGAGUAACACGUGUUCAUUUUCAAACACUGUUUUCUGUGUCUGCGGGUCGUGGGGUAAGAGGCAACAGCAAUGUGGAUACUUCUGACUUUUGGUAUAUGUAUUGACUUCCAAAGCCUAAAUGAAGUUCAGUUUCAAAGCACAUCUAGAACAGCAUACACAUUUCCCAAACAAAAAUUGGUAUAUAAGUUUUUGGCUGCUACCCCGUAACAAAUACAAUAAUUUGUAAGGUAAUUGGAGGAAAAAUGGGAAUAGUUAGGAUGAGCUUCCUUGGAGACAGGAGGUUAUACACUAGUGCUGAUGGGGUUCUGUACUUAUCUUAACUACACCUUGUUUUUUAAAACAAAACAAAUGCAUCAAAGCUGGAAGAAGUCACCUGAAAGUAUUAAUGGCGUGGGCUUGGUUUCCUGUUAGUUUCCCCGCCUUUGUCACAUUACUUGUCAAUCAUGGAAUUCACACUUUGUAUGAGAAUACUAUUACUAGUAGAAAUUAUAUGAACAGUAUUAAGUUUAUAAUUCAAAGAAGAUCUUGUAGUUACAGAUGUUUUAUAAUUAUGGGGUCUUAGUAUUUGAGCCAGCCCUCUGAGCUUGGGUCACCUUUUCUACAAAGCAAUGAUGGCUCAGGCUACUCCAUUAUCUCCAUAUUCCUUCAUCUUUAUCUCACCGUCCUUUGUUGCAAUCAGUCAGUUAGCUUUAGAUGGUUGAAAGUGAAAAUGAAACCAGCUGAAUGAAGGUUUUGAGCCAUUGGAGGGUCUGGGACACUUUUCAAGACGAAUGGUAACUUUCCCCUUGCUGGUGCAUGGGCAAAACCAUUGGGUGUAGCUCAUGAUUUAAUUUUUGCUCUUAUUUUCCUGUGUAUUGCUUCUUAAACCCAUCAGUCACCCUGCAGGGGCAUAAGCUGCCAACAGCUGCUUGCCAGAGUCUUCUGUCCUGCACCAGUCUUUCGGGGUUUUCCGGGUGUAGCUCAUCUUGGUGUUUCCUUCCUCUCCCUGGGAUGAGGUCUUUGGAGCUUCUGUUGGUAACAGAAUUUUUAUGAUUUAUGGGGUUGCUAGCCCCAUACCAAACUGUUGUCUUUUCAUAGCCAGGCUUGGGACUGUUUAUGGCAGAAUUACUUUGCAUUGCUGCUAUGUGGAAUAUCUUGGAACUUGAGGCCCCCAGGCUGCUGCCCACCUUUCCAUUUAGCAGCCAAUGUAAAGAAUAUUGCAAAUCUGGGAUUUAUUUAUUUGACUCUUCCUGACACCAUAAUACAUGGGAGCCUUGGGUCCAUCGAGUCCAUCAUUUCAUCAUGGUUAAUUUAUUAUUCCUCAGCCUCUUUCUGCUGCCUUCUCCCCAUUACCUUUGACAUCCUUACUAAUCAAGAACCUAUCAGAUUCCACUUUAAAUAUACUCAAUGAUUUGCCUUCUGAGGGAAUGAAUUGCACAGAUUCAGCAGCUUCUGGCUAAAGAAAUUCCUCUUCCUCUCCUAUUCUAAAGGAAUGUCUUUCUAUUUUGUGUCUGUCCUCUGGUCCUCCAUGACACAACCAUGUCAGCAAGCUAAUACAGCUUUCCAGAAGUGGGUAUGUUCUCAUUACGUUCUGGAAUUGCCUGUAAAAUGUAAUGAUUCAUUACAUUAAGUGUUUUAAAUGUGAUUUAUUUCACCUCCAGUUCGCACUAAGUCCUGGUUAUUACAGUUUUGUUAAUGUGUGGAUUUUCUGCAUGGAUUUUGCAGUCAUAUUGUUGGUAGCUCUCCCCAUCUUUUUGGCAGGGUUACCAUACCUAAUCGUUAGUGACUGGAAAAUAGUGAGAGCAUCUGCAGGUGAUUACCUGCCAAUGCUUGCUCAAAGAGCCAGUGGAAUCUAUUCAACGUUAUUGCUCUCGAAGGCAUGCUAGAUAAUAAUGAGACAGUAGUAGUUUCUACCAAAUGAGGUUGAGGAAAUGUGGAAACAAUUCCAUAUCACAACAGCACAUGUACAGUCUGUGGAGCCAAAACUUCUCGAGUCUCUUCUGGUGGCACCUUCAAUUGCAGAUUUAAUUUAUUUUUUUGCCAGGCAAGAAUAGAAUUUGCUUAUUUGAGUGAGUUGUCCUGGUUAGAAACUGGUGGAAAUUUGCACAGUAGGUUUCACUUGUGUUAAAAUUCAAGGUGUUAUUGAUAUUCCAAUGUCAGUGUUACUCUAAAGCCAUGACUGAAAUCGGGUUUAUUACAUGUAUUUGAAGUUUCCGUUUCUGCCCAUUGAAGACUGCAGGUCUCAUGGCCGUUAACUUUUAAACUCCCUCCUACAGAUCCUGUGGUUAAAAUAUCAAACUCUUUAAAUGUAGAAAUGAACUGAGCAAGUGGUAAGUCUCUGCUGUUGUAUUUUGCAUCUCCAGUAAAAUUUUGAAUGUUUCAGGUCUCUUGCAGGACUAUUGUUGCAGGAUUUUCACUUCAGCCUGUUUUGGGCUGUUGGGGAGGUCAUGAUUUCCUUGCCCUGCUUGCCCUUGUAUACCUGAUACAUGAAAGUUAAUCGGAGUUUAAACUGGCCAUUUGGGAAAGAUAAUUAUCCUGGAUAAAACUGCAGGCAUAGCUGAUGUGUAGACUUUGAUAUCAAAGCAUUGUGAUGAGUGCUCGAUAUGACAGUAUUGCAAGAAGCUGGUGCAGAUGCAUGUAUUCAGGAUAUAAUAGCUCUUGUGAUAGUUUUCUUCCUUCGUCUCCUUUCUUACAUAUUUAAUUCAAUUCCAAUUUAAUUUCUGUAGAUGCAGUUCUUUCUACUUCCUACACCAAAUGAAACUAUCUUUAAACUCUAUGCCAUCUAUAAAAUAUUAUUUAAGGUUCUGGUUAUGGCAUUUAAGAAUUGUGGUUAAUUAUUUGGAGAUAAUGAAUUAAGGAACACAGCCUGGGUUUGACCUUAAUAGCCCAUCACUGCAAAUAUUCAAAGUGACUAAGGUGGUAAACUUACAGCCACAUGCAUGGAAGAAUCUUCUUUGUCAACUUCCAUUUGGCCACUAUUUUACAUAGCUAAUGAAAACUAAAUGCUGUUUAUUUUGAAAUACUUAUUUAACACAAAAUUUUCCAAUGGUUUAAUAAAUGUUCAGUGUUAACUGGUAAAGAGGACCAAUGUCCUUCCCUGAUUCUACACUAUACCCUGCCACUGCCACUGAGGUGGAGAGGUCCUGAAUGGAACUUGCCAAUAGUUUUGCUGCUGGGAGAGACAAAUGGGAAUAUAGGCCUUCCCUCUGGACUUCCUCAGCUGUAGUGCUUGGUUUGACUGCGCCCUUAACCACAUACCUGUAUGUCCUGCUGAUGAACAGUCAGUCCCAGAUGGGGUGGGAUAUUCACUAUUAUAAAGUACAAGUAGUGUCUGACCAGUUGGCAGGACUGAUAUUGUUGUGAAUGUUGGACUUGCUGAGAAAAUCAUUGAACAAUUGCCACUACACAGGCCUGAUCUCCCCAAGUCAAUGUAACGAGUAAGUACAUCAGCUGUAUGAUGGAACUGUGAAAGCUGGCCCAUCAUGUGCCAACCCUUUAUUCCCCUAUAUUUUCAUCCAUGUGCCUAUCUAAUAAUCUCUUAAAUAUCUCCACAGGUUUGCUAUAAAGCUGUUACAAAGAGGCAGCAAAUAUUAAUGAAGCAUUUGAAAGAUGUUCAGUGUGCAUUUUGGGAGGGGGUGAUGGGUCAAGAGGCAGUCUGGAAUGAGAGGGUUGCACAGAGGAAAGACUUUAGAUUAUCAAGAUGUAGUGCUGCAUAGGACAAAAUAUUUCUAAUGUUCUGAUACUGGAGGACUCCUCUCUGCAAUGAUUAAUGGAGCAGUGUUUUGUGCCACAUAAUACCCCCGGCCAUCCAACAUGAAUGCAGUUUGAAUGUGUACGUGGAGAAGUAAAACAUUGAUUACUUUGUCUCCGAUCUGCUCUAUUAAUGUUUGUUGAUGAGACUUUCCUUUACUGGAAGAUGGUGAAGUAAACCAUCCUGACAAUUAAGAAAUACACUCUUGCGUUUCCCUGGAGCUCAGUAGUUCAGAGUAUUUCUCACUAGGGUACUAAGCAGGAUUAUAGUCUGAGCUAAUCUUGAAAUGGAAGGAUGGGGAUGAAACUAUUUGUUCUUCUGUCCCACCCAUUAGGGACCAGUGACAAAGCAUGCCAACUGAGCUGUUUCACCUUAUGCUAAUCAAAGUCUCCCAUGUGAAAAUGGGAGUAUAGCAUUGCAUGGGAGAGCUUUGGCCUCUGUCCCUAUCAUUUGUCAAUUUUUAAUUAUCUAUAAUUGGAGCCAUGUUAAUUUUUAUCUGUGCUAUAAGACCAUGUUGACAGUGAAGCCUAAUUGCUUGCACUGCUACUUGGGUAUCUGAACCAAGGUGGGAUUCUGAUUCCUAUCCCCUUUCCAAUCUCUGCAUCAGGUGAGAUUGACUAAGUGCCACAUUCAAGGCAAUCAUUUGGCACUUGAAAACCCAACAGGUUGCACUGAAAAAUGGGUAUCUCUACAAUCAGCUGGCUAUUCUGGCCAUUGUUAAUCCAAACACUCUGGGAUCAGGCUUUUGUCCACUAACUGGAGUUACUUUGCACCUUAAGUUUUUAACCCAUUAAUGGCAUUGCAUCCCAGAAGAUAAAAGUUGCAUAUUCUGUGUUUUCACAUUUGAGAAGUUUGGAUAAGUACAUGGAUGUGGGGUGCAGGUUGAUGGGAUUAGACAGAAUCAGUUUGGUAUAGGUGGGAUGGGCUGAAGGGCUGUAUGACUUUAUAACUGCCUCAUGUACAAACUGACAUUCUACAGUUCAAAGAUAGUUUUACUGUAAUACAGACACUAAUGUCAGGAAAGGUUUGGAAUCCCUGUGACUGCGUGGGUUUCCUCCGGGUGCCCUGGUUUCCUUCCACAUUCCCAUGUGAUAAUCUGCAAUCCCAGUGCUUGCGGAGUACAUGGCCUGCAAGAUUAGUUGAAACUGGGAUAUUGACAGCGUUUAAGACAUCUCUACUGAAUACUUGUGCAUCACACAAAAAGCCAGAGGAACUCAGCAAGUCAGUAGCAUCUCCUGAAGGGGGAAUGAACAGUUGACAUUUUAGGCUGAGGCCCUUCAUCAAGUUUCCAUAGAUGCCAUCUGAGUUGUUUCUCUAGCAUUUUGUGUUACUUUGGAUUUCCAACUUAUACAUGCCUGACAUAUUCGCUAGACAUAGAGGGCUACAUGACAGGGAUGAGUUUGGCUCAUGGCCUGUUUCUAUGCUGAAUAAUUGUAUGCCUGGUGCCACUACCCAUUUGCAAAAUUGAAUAUGGUUGAGCAAGGCAUUAGCUAGCGUUUAAAUGGAGGGUGGGGGGGAGAGAUGAGGUCUUCACUGUGGUCUAUGCUGCCAUUACCAAGAACCUGUGUUAAACAGCUGUCUAGCAUUUUGUGUAAAUGCGGGGUGCUGCUGGUGUGAAUACAAUUGUAUCCCAUCCUGCAGCUGGUUAUGAGGAACUUGGAGUGGGAUUUGUUUACAGACCUGUGGUGGGUAGCACUAACUUGAUGCAGACAUUGGGUUGUAACCACACUGCUGCUAAUUUCAUCAUUGUCUAUGGGACUGACAAAAGAAUUGUCCAAGCAUUACAAAUUUUCUCUAUUCAGACCUCCUAGUUUGGGGUUCUGUUAAGGACUAAGCCUGCCUCAUUCCAAACAUGACCUGCAGUUAUUACAGGACAUGCAAGCAAUUUUAAAAAAGUAAUAAAGUUAACACAUUUCCAUCAUUUCUAUCCACUCAUAGAGUUCAAAAUUGAGGAAUCCUGGUUGAAUUAUGGGUUUGACUUUGUUUUGCUACAAAAACAAUGUCCAUGCAGACUUCAACCCUCAGCAAAUGUGUUAAGAUGCUCUUAUUUUUGUAAUUAUACUGUACCUUGUCAAGCUGUCGGGAGGGGGAAUUCUGGGUUAAUACUGUGGAAAUGUUAUUGCAUUGUUAAUAUGAAGAGAUGAACCAUCUACAACACUAUAUUCUCCAUGACAAUUAAAAUACAUCUUUAUUUUCUGUAGCAUGUAUUGUAAUGUAUGUUUAUUAUACCUAGCAAAUAAAUCACUUUGGAAAUUA